AUGACAAAGAAAUCGAGUAAGAAGAGUUUAGAAACAUUAGACAUAGAAACUAUUAGGAAUUACACGCAUUUCUUAGCACUGCCGCUAAAAUUCGUCGGAUGCUGGGACUGGUUUAUAAACCCCAACCGAGAAUACGAAAUAAUCGCUAAUCAUGUUUAUUUGUUCUUAGUGCUGUUUGUGCUUGCCAAUCUACCGAUUUCUCUAAUCGUCCAUUUGCAAACUGAAUGGGUUGAUAUCAUGCACAGUUUAGACGAAAUAGCCGACGGGUUGCCGUCGGUUGCGUCCGUCGCUAUUGUGGCGUACUUUGCGCUUUACAAGAAUGAGUUGUACGAGCUGAUCAAUUAUAUGAACGUUAACUUCAAAUGCCACUCGGCUCGAGGCCUGACUAAUAUGACAAUGCUAAAGAGUUACAAAGCUGCAAGGAAUUUCGCUUUCUUCUACACUGCUUGCACAUUGUUUAGUGUGACGAUGUAUGUUAUGUUGCCAGUGAUCGUACAUUGUAUAUUUUUCACGUCCAACGCUAUACUUCUGUGCGGUCAACUGGACCUGCUGUGCUGCAGUCUACGCAACGCGCGCUUCACCGCCCUGCUGCUGCAAGGCGUACAGCAUUCUGCACUGCUGGCUGCCCACAAGGACUUGCUAGAAGAUGAGCGACAUAAUUACAUGUAUAACACGUCCGAGAUGAGGGACUCCCGUUACCAUUAUGAUAAUAAAUUGCUUCUUAAUUAUUUUCUUGCAGAUAUAUACGACCUAGCUUACGAUGCGGAUACGAGUGCGGCGUUACACGAGUGCGCUCGUAUGUGUCAGGUCAUUAACGAAUAUAAGGCGAAAUUUGAGGCUUUCGUAUCGCCUCUGCUCGUGCUGAGGGUCGUGCAAGUUACUCUGUAUCUCUGCAUGUUGCUGUACGCGGCUACAGAAAAAUUCGAUAUGGUAACCGUGGAGUAUCUGGCUGCAGUGGCUUUGGAUAUAUUCGUGUAUUGCUAUUAUGGCAGCCAAAUUAUUUUACAGGCAGAUCGUGUGUCUACAGCGGCAUACCAGAGCUCUUGGCACACAAUGGGUCCACGUCCAAGGAGGCUGCUGCUCAAUAUCCUCUUAGCUAACCGGAGACCGAUUGUGGUUCGUGCUGGAAAAUUUUUGCCCAUGGAUCUGCACACUUUUGUUGCUAUUAUCAAGACUUCAUUCUCCUAUUAUACACUACUGGUGAACGUUAACGAGAAGGGCGAUAGAAAAUAA